AUGAUCCAGACCCUUGGACUGGUGGUGGAUGACGUCCCGGGUAAUGCCGUAUGUGAAACAAGCUUGAUAGUCACGUAUAUGCGCUUGGGGGGAGCGCAGGGCCGCGAGUCCAGAGCCUGGAGCUCCUUCCGGUACUUUUCCACGAGAUUCGCGUUUGCACCGGUGGGCUUUGGGCUCGACAGUGUUGGCGUCACCCUUGAUCGGCUCAAUUUCCGGGCUGGCGAUGGUGGACUGCUGGCCCUCGGGGACGGAGCCAAGGGUAUCGGUGUCGCCCUUUUCGUCGGUGUACUAUCUAAAAGUGUUCCCUCUAACCGGCUACAGGCCUAG